GGUUUUUCGGGGGCGGGGGCUACCUCUCCGGUUUAUGCUUUCUUUCCUUUUCCACCUCCUCGGCUUGCACAUUAAAUUGUGCACUUCGCAAGGGAGCACUAGCACUUGAGCAGUGGGAAGCAAAGAGGAGAAAGUGGAGGGCACGUAAAGGAUUCCGUGAAUAGGAGUUCUGAUAUGGUUAUAAGGGUUUGCGGUUAUUAAAACUAUUUGCUUGGGGCAGGGAGAGAAAUCUGAGAGAGGAGAAAAAAGGAUAGAGAGAAGGUAUUUCAUGCAUUGCCUUUAUGACCUUGUACAAACCUUUAAUCGGUUUCAGCUUCACAUUCUUCAUGACCCAAUUUGGUGUUGAUAACACCACAAUGUCAGAAAGUCUCUGAGAAGAUUAAAUGAGGUUCUGCCAUCACUGCAGUAGCCACAUCCGUGUUUCAUGGUCCACCAAGGUGCCAUCUUCAUUAUGCCCUCAUACCUCAUGGGAAAGGUGGGCGUUCCUCAGUCAGUGGCGUUGUGGCAACUGUGUUUGGAGCAACAGGAUUCCUGGGUCGAUAUGUUGUCAACCACCUUGGACGUAUGGGAUCACAAGUGAUCAUCCCCUAUCGGUGUGAUCCGUAUGACGUCAUGCACCUUCGUCCCAUGGGUGACCUGGGCCAGCUUAUCUUUCUGGAAUGGAAUGGAAGAGAUAAAGAUUCUAUCCGACGAGCAGUGGAGCACAGCAAUGUGGUCAUCAAUCUUAUUGGACGAGACUGGGAAACCAAGAACUUUGAUUUUGAAGAUGUUUUUGUGAAGAUUCCCCAAGCCAUUGCUCAAGCUUCCAAGGAAGCUGGAGUUGAAAAAUUCAUUCAUGUUUCCCAUUUGAAUGCUAAUAUUAGAAGCUCUUCUAGGUAUUUGAGAAAUAAGGCUGUUGGAGAGAAAGAAGUGAGAGAUGCAUUUCCAGAAGCCAUUAUCAUAAAGCCAUCAGACAUCUUUGGAAGAGAAGAUAGAUUCCUCAAUCAUUUUGCAAAUAUCCGUUCCUUUAUUGGUGUACCUCUUAUUUCCUUGGGCCGGAAGGCACAGAAACAACCAGUAUAUGUUGUAGAUGUAUCAAAAGGAAUUGUUAAUGCAGUUAAAGAUCCAGAUGCCAAAGGAAAAAGCUUUGCUUUCUUUGGGCCAAAUCGGUACGUCCUCUUUGACUUGGUGCAGUAUGUCUUUGCUGUGGCUCACAGGCCGUUCCUCCCGUACCCUUUGCCACGGUUUGCCUAUCGAUGGAUAGCAAGAUUCUUUGAAAUGAGCCCAUUUGAGCCUUGGACAACGAGGGACAAAGUGGAGCGGAUUCACAUCUCAGACAUGGUAUUACCUCACCUGCCGGGCUUAGAAGACCUUGGUAUUCAGGCAACACCGCUGGAACUCAAGGCCAUCGAGGUGCUGCGGCGUCAUCGCACUUACCGCUGGUUGUCUUCUGAAAUUGAGGAUGUGAAACCACCCAGGACCGUCAACAUCUAGUACCCCCUGAGCACUUGGCUUUGGUGUCAUUUGGGUUACCUGGCCAGUGGCCAACCUAUAUUCUUUAGAAAGUUCUGUACAUAGGGAAUAAGUUCUUUCCUCUAUUAAAACAUCUGAGGAUAAA